AUGGAGAGCACCUGGUGCCACCACCCUUCUGUAGACCCAGUGCAGGCAGCUCCUGGCAUGGACCCCCCCUCCUUCAGCGGCGCGCCCCGCUUCCUCGCGCGGCCCAAGGCUUUCGUGGUGUCCGUGGGCAAGGACGCCACGCUGAGCUGCCAGAUCAUGGGCAAUCCCACGCCGCACCGCCGCCGAGAGGCCAUGCGCACAGAGGGAGCCCCGGCAUCACCACCUGGCGCGGGCACGCGCACCUGCACGGUGACCGAGGGCAAGCACGCGCGUCUCAGCUGCUUCGUGACAGGCGAGCCCAAGCCUGACAUCGUGUGGAAGAAGGAUGGGCAGCCAGUGGCCGAGGGCCGGCGACACGUGGUGUAUGAGGAUGCGCAGGAGAACUUCGUGCUGAAGAUCCUAUUCUGCAAGCAGGCAGACCGCGGGCUGUACACGUGCACGGCAUCCAACCUCGUGGGCCAGACCUACAGCUCCGUGCUGGUCGUCGUGCGAGAGCCCUCUGUGCCCUUCCCGCGGAGGCUGCGCGAUCUGGAGGUGCUCGAAAAGGACUCGGCCACGUUUGAGUGCGAGGUUCCGCUGCCCAGUACGCAGGCCGCGUGGUUCAAAGAGGAGAAGCGGCUGUGGGAAAGCGCCAAGUAUGGCAUUGAGGAGGCCGGCACGGAGCGCAGGCUGACGGUGCGCGAUGUCUCAGCCGACGACGACGCUGUGUACAUCUGCGAGACAGCAGAGGGCAGCCGCACUGUGGCUGAGCUGGCAGUGCAAGGGAACCUGACCCGUAAGCUGCCCCGGAAGACGGUGGUUCGCAUCGGGGACACAGCUGUCUUUUGUGUGGAGCUGGCUGUGCCCGAGGGCCCGGUGCGCUGGAUGCGGAACCAGGAGGAGGUGGUGGCUGGUGGCCGCGUGGCCAUCAGUGCAGAGGGCUCAUGCCACACACUGACCAUCUUCCAGUGCAGCCUGGAGGACGAGGGUCAGGUGGCCUUUGUGGCUGGUGACUCCCGCACGUCCACCCAGUUCUGUGUGUCCGCCCCCAGGAGACCACCCCUGUGCCCCCCCACGGACCCUGUGGUGAAAACCAGGACAGAGAGCUCAGUGACCCUCUGCUGGACUCCUCCACCCCGUGGGGACCGCCCUGUCACCAUCGAUGGCUACCUUGUGGAGAGAAGGCGGCUGGGCACCCACACUUGGAGCCGGUGCCACGAGGCCGAGUGGGUGGCCAUGCCCGAGCUCACUGUCACUGGGGUGGCUGGGGAGGGUGACUUCCAGUUCCGAGUGUCAGCAGUCAACAGCUUUGGCCAGGGUCCCUGCCUGGAGUUCCCGGGAACCGUGCACCUGGCCCCCCAGCUGGCUGUGAAGACGCCCCUGCAGGCCGUGGAAGCAGUGGAGGGUGGUGAGGUCACCUUCUCUGUGGACCUCACACUGGCCUCUGCUGGAGAGUGGUUCCUGAACGGGGAGCCUCUGAAGGCCAGCAGCAUGUUCCUGAUCAGUCGGGACCGCACCUGGCACAGGCUUACCAUCCGUGGGGUGUCGCCCAGUCUGCACGGUGCACAGCUCAAAUUCGUGGCCGAUGGCAUCGAGAGCAGCAUCCGGGUGGCUGUCCGAGGGCUGACUGCCAACAAGCCGUUGCCACCACCACCCGCCCAGGAGGUGCUGGCUCGGCUGCACGAGGAGGCACAGCUGUUGGCUGAGCUGUCGGACCAGGCAGCGGCUGUGACAUGGUUGAAGGAUGGCCAUGCGCUGUUUCCCGGCCCCAAGUACGAGGUGCAGGCAUUGGCCGGGAGGCAGGUGCUGCUGGUGCGAGACGUGUUGCGGGAGGAUGCUGGCAUCUAUGAGUGUGUAGGCAAUGGGAGCCGCAUGGCCUACCAGCUAUCCGUGCAGGGCCUCACAUCCUUCCUGCACAAGGACACAGCCGGUGGCCGUGUGGAUGUGGUGGCUGGGGACCCGAUGCAGCUCGAGUGUGAGACCUCAGAGGCCCAUGUCCACGUGUGCUGGUACAAGGAUGGCAAGGAGCUGAGCCGCUCGUGCCAGCGCUUCUCACAGCAGGACAUAGGCACGCGGCAUCGGCUGGUGGCAUCCUCCAUUGCCAAGCAGGACGAGGGCACCUACUCCUGCCGUGUGGGUGAGGACUCCGUGGAAUUCCAGCUGCGGGUCUCUGAGUACAAGGUGGUGUUUGCAGAGGAGCAGCCAGCAUGCAGUGAGGUGCAGGCUGAGGUGGGGACCAGCACCACACUGAGCUGUAAGGUGGCCCAGGCAAAGACGGAGGUGACGUGGUACAAGAACGGGAAGAAGCUGGAAGCGAGCUCCAGGGCGCACGUGGAGGCCACGGGCUGCAAGCGGCAGCUGGUGGUGCUGCAAGCAGGCGAGGCUGACGCCGGGGAGUACAGCUGUGAGGCCGGGGGCCAGAAGGUCUCCUUCCGCCUAUGUGUCACAGAGCCUAAGGCCGUGUUCACCAAGGAGCAGCCGGCACGCAGCGAGGUGCAGGCCGAGGCGGGGACCAGCACCACGCUGAGCUGCGAGGUGGCCCAGGCAAAGACGGAGGUGACGUGGUACAAGGACGGGAAGAAGCUGGGUGUGAGCUCCAGGAUGCGUGUGGAGGCCAAGGGCUGCAGGCGGCAGCUGGUGGUGCAGCAGGCGGGCGAGGCCGACGCUGGGGAGUACAGCUGCGAGGCUGGGGGCCGGAAAGUCUCCUUCCACCUGGAUAUCGUAGAGCCCAAGGUGGUGUUCAUCAAGGAGCAGCCUGUACUCAGUGAGGUACAGGCUGAGGCGGGGACCAGCGCCAUGCUGAGCUGUGAGGUGGCCCAGGCAAAGACGGAGGUGACGUGGUACAAGGACGGGAAGAAGCUGGAAGCGAGCUCCAGGGUGCGCGUGGAGGCCCCGGGCUGCAGGCGGCAGCUGGUGGUGCUGCAAGCGGGCGAGGCUGACGCCGGGGAGUACAGCUGUGAGGCCGGGGGCCAGAAGGUCUCCUUCCGCCUAUGUGUCACAGCUGCAACACUCUUGUUGCAUGACUGGUGUUGA